ACUGGUAUUCGAGGAAACUUUUAACUUUUCAAUAACUUUUCAGCCGAAUAUUAGUACAGAAAAAUGAAUCGUGAAGCACGACACAUUCUCGGGACGAACCAAACAACCGAGCAAGAGAGAUUGCCAAUGGACCUUGGUGAAAUAACUCUGGCUAGUCAGAUAUUGUUACCUGGUAGAACGACUGGUUUGGCUUCCAAACACGAAAUUGAGAUCAAGCAAUUGAAACGAAGUCUACAAGAAAAGGACGAAGAAAUAGCAGACCUUCGUCAGAAGCUGCAAGACGUCUAUGAGAAAAACAACGAUCUCCAGAUUAAAUUGAACACAAAAGACAGGGAGGUCGAGCAACUAAAAGAGAGAAUUCAAACUCUCGAAGAUGAGAAGAAGGACCUACAAGUUGAGUUGUCGGGAGUUGAGACUAAACUGAAAACGGUAGACAGCGAGGUGAAAGCACUUAAGAAGUCUACAAGUUCACACGAGGAAGAGAAUCAAAAGCUUAAAGAGGAUUUACAAAGAGUUGAGUACAGCUUGAAGACUACAGAGACCAAAUUGACAACAGAGAAUGAAAAGCUUAAGAAAGAAGUGAAGCAGCUCAAAGAAACCCAAGUUAUGCCAAUGCUUGAACCACCACGAGCUCCUCUUCCAUCGACAUUUCAGAGUAUGGCUUUGUUGCAUUUUGGAGAAUUAUGUUGGCAAAUUCAGGGGAAAAUGUACAAAAAGGUCUUGCCAAAGCACUAUGUUCCCGUGCGUAGCUACAAAGUGAAGAAUAUCGACAAAGAUGUAAAGAAACUUGCUCAAACAGACGAAGAAAGAAACGCCGCAAAAGAACGAUGGAAAGUCUUAAAAUCCAAGUUAAACUGGAGUGAGGAAUUAGAGGAAGCUAUAAAAUCACUACAAGAUUCGAGAAAUAUCGAAGCCCAUCCAAGAAUAAGCGAGUCUUCGCUUCUUGAUUUUGCUAAAGUUUUAGAAGAAGAUGGAAUCUUGAAGGGAUGGCUAUCCCUUGAACGAGUGAGCGAGCUUAUAGAAAUCUGGAAACGUCUGAAAUGUGAAGAGGAAUGAUAAUUGCAGUAACUAGUAAGUCUUUUGCCACAAUUUUGGUUAUUUUGUUUUUUAGAACAUUGGUACAAGCCAUAAAGCAUGUCGUCAGCAUGCAGUCGAUAAUUGUACUUCAUAACUUGCAUACGAGAAUUGCACUUUGUAACCUGCAUGAUCUUGUUAGAAGAUAAUCUUGUGAACUGAAAUCUUUAUCAUUUAUUCGGAAUAACUCGUUAAGAAUACAAUGAUGAACGAUUUGCUCAAAAUAAUAUUGGACACUAAACACUGGGACUGAACCAGAGACAGUCAUAAUCAUUGCAUAAUUAUGAAAGCUUUAACCAGGUUCAAUAUAUUACAUUUAUUUAGAUAUCCGUCAGUAAGUCAUUUAAGAGAGCCUGGUAAAGCCUCUACUGUCUGUUUCUAUUAUCAUUACUACAAAAAUCCACAUGAAUAUAUAGUUCUUAUUUUCGUCCAUUUGAUUUACGAGAUGAAGUAUAUACUGCGUUUCUUUAUGUAAUAAAACACCAUUGUACGAUAUUCUUAUAUAAAAAUAGAAUAUAAAAAUAGUAAAUACAACAAUUAGCGCAUGAUCAGAUUUUAGGAAGCACAUCAUGAACCUAAGAAAAGAAAAUAAUUCAAAAAAAUUAAGAAAUAUCGAAGCUCGUCUGUGUAUAGAUUCGCCACCCAAAUGUGGACUCUGAAACGUAACUGCUAGAAGGCGCCAAAUUGAAAAAAUUCGAUCAUACAACGUAUAGCGUUUUUGGUUUGACAGUAUUCGCAGAAUAAACGCCAUAACUUGUCAAGCAAAUAGCGCAAGAAGGAAUUAUUUUAUUAUAAAAGCAACAAAACUAAUGAACGUGAGAACCAAAUGUGAAUCAUGCAAAUAAAUAUCCUGGUAAAUUA